CCGCCAUCCAACCCCUGGUUUAAACCUCCAACCCCGUCGCCAUGGCGCCCCAGCCGCCUCUCCACCCUCUCAACGCCUUCGAUAGCUUCAGGGGCCUCCCUCCCGGCGUCGGUGAACCGAGCCGAUUCUCCUCCAACCCUACCUUCGACCUGGCUUUCCUCAUGGCGGCAUUCAAAGGAGAUCUCCGUCGAGUCAAGCAGGCGGCGAGGGCUAUGGGCAGGGGCGCGGAAGGCCGCCGCCUCGCUGAGAAGAUGGGGUCGGUCAUGGACGGCUCCGGCAUGCGCCUGAUUCACAUCGCCGCCCUCGGCGGGAGCCUGCCCGUGUGCCGCUACCUGCUCGAGGACCUCGGAUUGGACGUUGAUGUCGAUGGCCCGUCCGGCGAAACAGCUAUUGAGGCUGCUAUAGCCCGUGAAAAUGUUGAAUUGGUGCGUUUGUUUCUUGAUCAAGGUGCUGACACAGAGAAGCUCGACAAAAAAGAGUGUACUCUUCUCCAUUUCGCCACCAAAGUAGGAAACUAUGAAAUAGUAAAGCUCUUACUGUCCAAAGGAGCUCGCGUAAAUGCAAUAAAUCUGGGUGGGACAGCACUGCACGUUGCUGCUUCUGAUGGGCGGGAUGAUAUUGUGAAGAUUUUGUUGGACCACGGUGCGUAUCAUAAUAUAGCUUUGAGUGGUACUGAUUAUACAGCUCUUGUGCUUGCUACUAUCGAACGCUCAAUGAAAUGUGUUAAGCUCCUGCUUGAGGCCGGUGCUGAUGUAGAUGGUAUUGGUAAAGAGACACCCUUAAUGAUCGCGGCCACUGCUGGCUCAACUGACAUCCUUAAGUGCUUGGUUCUGGCUGGUGCAGAUGCUAAUGUUACUGACACUUAUGGACGCACUCCUAUAGAAAUUGUUGCACUUUCUGGUAGGCGUGAGGAUGUCGAAAUUCUAUUUCCAUUCACUUCACGUUUGUCUAAUGUGCGUGACUGGAGUGUCGAUGGAGUUAUUGGGCAUGUAAUAUCAGCGCCUCCAGUGAAGGAAGCUAUGCUUGCUAGUGCUAAAUCUAAAGCACACAAGGCGUUCAAGAAUGGGAAUUAUCUUGUUGCAACAAAAAUUUAUGAUGAGGCAAUGGUACUUGACCCUGGUAAUGCGUCCUUGCUUUCAAAUAGGAGCCUAUGUUGGCUUCGCUUUGGUGAUGCGAGGAAGGCCUUGAGUGAUGCUCAACUUUGCAGGAUGAUGCGACCUGGCUGGCCAAAGGCCUACUAUCGUGAAGGAACUGCCCUGAUGUUACUGAAGGACUAUGAAAAGGCUUGUGGUGCAUUUCUUGAAGGUGUUAAAUUGGAGCCAUGGAACACAGAGAUUGAAGAAGGCCUACGAGAGGCCUUGGAAUCCUUGAAGACAUCUGGCAGUAGCACUGGAAAAGAUUUGCUGGAUCAGCACCAGCUAGUAGGCACUGUAAACUAGCACAAUUUUGAAGUGCCCUGUUUUGCUGUCCCUUAGAGCGUGACUGAAGGCUUUGAACGAGAAGUAGGUUAUGAUAAUUGUUAAGACGACCUUUUGCUAAUCAUCAUCAACUGAAUCGUUAGAAUCUGUGUAGGCGUGUAGCCCCUUCGCUUCACUGGAUGCUGUGAUUCAGAUUUUCGGGGCAAAUGCUGUUUCAUAUGCAGAGUACUUUUUGAUGGCUUCGUUGGUACAAAAAAAAGUUCUCACAUGGGCAGCUCCGGGUGAGCAUAUUGUCAGAUUGAACAAUUUUAAGCAUGUCAUCAGAUUAUAUUGAUUUUC